AUGACUACUGGUGCUGUUGAUUCAUGCGUUGAGUGGGCUAGAAGCCAUGGUUCGGUCAUCGAUGAUAGGGUUGAGUUCAGAGCGGAUCCCAAUCAAGGUACAUACGCGGUGGCAAACGCACGAAUUAGUGAAGGUAGUGUCCUGGUCACAAUACCUCGUAAACUGCUCAUCACUACUACCCUUGCAGAGAAGCAUUUUAGGCUAAAAAAUCCAGUCGAAUCGAAUCCUAACGCGCUCUUACAGCUUUUCUUGUCGAAGCUGAAAUUCAGUUCAAAAAGCUGUGAUGAAAUCUCUUUCUUCCAGCCUUUCAUGGACGUGCUACCCUUGAUCAGGGACAUUCAUUCACCCUAUUUUUGGUCAAGCGAAGAGUUGACUGCUUUAAAGGGAACUGAUCUCCUGAUCAAAACAGAAAGAAACCUGAAGAAAGUUAUCGAGGAAUGGUUUGGCCUCAUAACGAAAGCUAAGGCCGCGGACGACGAAGAUACAGCAUUUUACCUUCAAUCGUCUUCAAACCCCCAUUUCCAAGUUUCUGACCACAUGACCUACUCUAAAAGUUCAUCCUGGCACAGCUUUAGUUCGUACCUUUGGUCUGCUUACAUUGUCUCUUCGAGGGCCUUCCCGGAACUUAUUUUAGAAAAUGAAAACCUCAAAAACAUUAACCAGGCUUUUCUUUACCCGAUUGUCGACUUCUUGAACCACCAUAGUGGACAAAAAGUUCAAUGGCAACUGAACAAGGACAGAAACGGGGUUUCAUUUUCUUCCGGAAAUCAGAUAGAGAAAGGUCAGGAAAUCUUUAAUAAUUAUGGCGAUAAAUCAAAUGAGGAACUGUUGUUAAACUACGGCUUUGCGAUACAAAACAAUAUGAACGAUUCAUCAACUCUAACUUUGAGGCUACCUCCGGGCCAGCUCGAGUCCUUGAAGUCUUAUGAUCUUACACUUCGAGAUCAGAACUUGGCAGAAAAUUCAGUCAAUUUUUUGUUGACUCUAGGCUCCCCACUCCCUAUGCCUUUGAUGAAAUUGUUCGGAAUAUUGAGUAAGCUAACAUCCGAAAAGUUUAUCACUGCGAGAAGCGUCCUAGAUGGCUCGGAGCAGCUGAACGCCAUAAUAGAGCAGAAGUUGAGCUUUUUCAAAGAUGCAUCCAAGCUGAAAGUGUCUCUUAAAAGCCCAAUCAGAUCCAAGUCCACCAAAGCAUAUAUGGCUGGCCAGAAGAGGAUCUUUCAAGAGGCUUCAGAUUUCAUCAAGAAGUUUCAGAAAAAAGUCUUGAAAGAGCUGAAGCCCUUGUCCUUCAAAAGCCUUUUCAAAUCAGACAAAACAUUUGUGAAUACCCUAACGCUCACGUUUGGCGUAACAAAGUAUGACGAUUUGGUAACCAAAAAUUUUCUGCAACAAGCACUGCUAUUAUGGAUUGUUAGAGCCCAUAAUUUGUCGAGCAGGAGGGCUGAAAACCUAGCUUUGCCCCAAUUUAUCCUUGACUGCUUUGAGGACGUGAAGUCCUGCAUAGUAAUCGAAAAAGAUGAUGUACACGAAUACCUCGCCUUUUACAAGAGUAUAUUUCCUCAGCUUUCUAUGAAAAUUCCAGAAGUUUAUGGCAAGGGUGACUGGAGCAUCAAAAAUUUUAUAAUUGCCGGUACAGUCAUCGAUAGGCUGGUAUGGAAACUACCUGCUUCCCAGGAAGCCUUUUUUUUUGAAAGGAGACCCUAUGAUCUGUCAUCCUAG